AUGGCAUACAACGAUGACGACUGGUUAAAUUACCCAUUAAAUGAACUCAAGUCUGACAGCCCUUCAUUUUACGAUCCGUCGAUAGAGAAUAUCCCACUGAAUGACGAUCCUGGUGGAUCUCCUAACUAUAACAAUGAUCUGUCGGUUCCGAUCGAAGAUUUCCAGUUUCCUAAUGAUCUGGCAAUCUCACCAAGUGGCAAUUCCUCUUAUCAAAAUAUGCACAUGAUGCAGAAUACGAACAAUUAUGAUCAGAUGCAGGCAUCAACGAGUAUGGAAUACAAUGCGUUUGAACAACCGACGAUUGUUCAAGUCAACGGAAACUCGCUGGACGUGGAUCCGUUUGCCGAAAUGAGCAAUCUAGAUCAAACGGAUAAUUCCAAUUACUACCAGACUCAACCAUCAACAUCAGCCCAAGCCGAUCAUCAUCAGCAGCAACAAAUGCAGAUGAUGGACAAUGGGCAGCAGUAUGUGACGCAUGAUCAGCAGCAUCUUAUGCAAAUGCAGCCGUCAACGUCAUAUAUGCCACAAGUUGAUCAAAUGCAACAACAAAUUACGGAUCAGCAUGGGAUGGUCAUACAGCAACAGCACACACCUCAGCAACAGCAACAGCAACCUCUGCAGCAAGAACAACCCCAGGAAAAACUGACACCGGCCAAAAAGGGAGCUGCGACGAAGGCGGCGAAUCGGAAAAAAGCAUCAAAUUGUAUUGGAGUGGUGGUUCCGAAAAUGAAUAAAAUUGCACAGCAACAACCUCAGCAACAACAACAGCAGCAGCAACGGGUUCAGCAGGAACCGACACAAGCGAUAGCUGAAACACGGAUACCGCCCGAGGAAUCGAUUCGUCUAGCACAGAUCAUGAGCGAAAUGACGAGGUUGCGUGCCGAAAGCAGUUCAACCAACGUCGACAACACCGCACGUCUCGAGAAACUCGAAAGCGAGUUCUCGGCGAUUUUCGCAAAAAAUCUCAGUCAAUCAGCAGGAAACGACGCGAUUCUCUCGCAAAUUCAAAAUUUGGCAGCAUCGACGUCGCGACCUCAAACGGUUAGUGUUCAGCAGCCGCAACAACAUCAGCAACAGUCUCAACCUCAACCGACGACGGCACCGAAACGGCCGCCGGCUAAAAGGAACCGGAAUCAGAACAAUUCGAAUCAGACAACUGUUCUUCAGACUCCACAAAUGCCACAGAAGGUGUUAAUGGAUCCUCCACAAACAUCGAUAGUGGUCCCGCCGGGAAGUCGAUUCGUAACCGAAUCACAAUCCCCGUCGACUUCAUACAAUCAAGUCGUGUACGCUGUUCCAUCUCAACAAACGCAAACGCAGCAAAUCGCCAUUCAAACAAUUCCAUCUACUAGUCAAACUCAAUUUAUUGAUUACCAAACGAAUCAACAACAACAGCAGCCACAGACUCAAAUUGUUCAAAUAAUUUCGACGAAUCAACAACAGUCUCAACAGCAGAAAAUUGUGCCGAGUAUGAAUUCGAGGACAAGUGUCUAUCGAUCGCAAGCCGUUUACCAACAAGCCAGUAGUUCGCCGUUACAACAACAAAGGGUACAAACUCCGCAGAUGGUGCAGAAUUCGCCGCAAAAUCAGCAGCAGUUUCAAACACAAACCACGUAUAUUCAGAACCAAUCGACAACAUUGCUUCAACAGGUUAAUUCGCCUCAGAUAAUUACAAUAACUCAGCAGCCGCAAUCGCAACAGCAAGCGCUGAAUCACAUCAACACAAGUCAGAUCAAUCAGAAUCAGACGCUUGGUGAAGUGCUGAAGCAACAAAAUCAACAGCUGAGGCUCGGCAACGCGACGCCAACGAUACGGCAGCAUUUGGCAUCACAGAAUGCGUUGACGACGAAUGGAAGGAAGAAGACGAAUGCGCAACGAAGGAAUAGUAUUCAGCAACAGCAACAACAACAACAGCAGCCGGUUCAACAACAAACAAUUACUGUGCAGAAUCAGAUGACUGUUGCUGAUUUGGCCAGCCUUACAAAUGCGCCGGUUAACAGUAUCAAAAUAACUAGUGAAAAUGUGCACAAGUAUCCGUUGCCAAUUGGAACUGUUAUUCAUAUUGUGAACGCUGGAAACGAUCUCGAUCCUGAGAGAAUAAGCCAGCUCGCUCUACAGCAGCAGCAGCAACAACAACCGCAGAAACUUCAACAAUAUCAGAUGCAACAGGAACCGCAAAUGCAAAUUCAGCAACAACAGCAACAUAUCAUUUCUCAACAGCAGCCACAACUUAUUCAGCAGCCUCAACAAUCGCUGUCGCAGGUGCCAACACCACAGCAGCAGCAACGGUCGAUGAUGACACCUCUUCGGAAUCAAUUCGAUAUGUCGGCUCAUCCUUCACCGGCAUCGCACAACACGCCUCAAAUGGUGCCCAUUGAUGCGAUUGUAUAUAAUGAUACUGGAGCUCCUGUCGUCGAUUCUCAAUCUCGGAAUCCAUCACCGAUAAAGGUUCAUGAAAUCCGACAACAAACGCAAGAGGAACUGGAAGAGAUUGCAGAACAGAAGCGACGAGAAAGAGAAACACGAGUCGCCGCUUACAUGAAUGCACAAAGUAGGAAAUUGUUGAAGAUUGAUACGCGCACUCCCUUUCGCGGAAUGCGCGAUGUUGUCGAAAGGAUGUUGCCGUUUCAUCAGUUUUGGACGCCGAACUAUACUGAUACUGUUUACGAAGAAUUUGAUAAUAAUUGGAUGCGUUUUGGAAUGGACCUUGGAGAUCGGGUCACUGAAUUGCAAAACAAAAUCCGAACCACUUGUCUUCGAAACACUAUUCGUACUUCGGAAGAUUCGGAGAAGAACCUCAUUUUAUUUCUCGAGUCGGAAUAUGAGAGACGCGCUUUGGAAGCUGACCGACAGGCUGCCGAAGAGAAUGUUGGUGAAUUUGUCGGAUCGAGCAAGCUUCUUCCGGCCAUUCAGUCUGGUCUUGUCGAUGUUGAAUUGAUGAAGGAAAAUGCGCCGAAGACACCUGAACAUAUGAAAGAGGAAGCUGAAACUGAAGGAGAGGAGCGUCGCGGCCUUCUCAAAGAAUACGAAUACAAAGAUUUCGAUGAGAAAGCGCCGAAACCAUCGCCUUAUGUCACGCCGGUCAUGUCGCCGACACACGAUCACGAAGAAUUCUAUAUUCAACCAAUGGUGGCUGUGUCGACAUUCGAAGUUCCGAAUAUUCCUGAUAUCCCUGAUCCUGAAGAUGAAAUGUUCAAACGUGGUGACUAUGUUGAGGAUGAAGAAGAUAUUCGUGCACAACUUGAGCGGCAAUACGCAGACGACGACGAUGAUGAUGAUGAUGAGCUUGACGACGACGAGAAAGAUGUCGCCGCGGCAUUUGAACAAGACGAAGAAGAAGAAACGUUUGAGGAAUUCUUGACUAGGCCUUCCUCGAACAACUCACCGAUGCCUGAUAUUGCUGCAAUUUAUGCUAUGAAAACACCGAGCGAGCGACCGCCGAAUAGAGGUUUUUGGAGAAAUUCUGAUUCACCGCCUAGUCGCGAAUCAAGUCAAUCACCUGAGGAUGAAUAUUUGUUCCGUUUUCCGAUUCUUCAAGGAAUUGAAAACGAUAAACGAGAUGUUGAAGAUGAUGAAGGUGAGGAUGAAGAUGAAGAAGAGCAAGACGAAGAAAAAUAUCUUGAUGAUGUUGAUGAGGAACAUGAACGAAACCGAAUCGUGGAAGAGAAAGAAGAACAUGUCAAAGAAAAACGACGAGAAAUCAACGAUGAUGACGUUGAAGACGAUGCUUUUUCAUCCGAUUCGUCUUCAGAUUCAGAUUCAGACUCGUUAUCGUCGUCUGAUUCCGAGAGAAGUAGCUCUUCAAGUGGAUCAGCAUCCCCGGAGCUUGGAGUGGAUGACGAUAGGGAAGUGAUGCCCAAAAAGCCGAUCAAUAAUAAAAUGGAUGAAGUGCUGAAGAACCUGAAGAAUGAAAUUUCUGACGAAGAAGAGGAGUUUGGAGCCGCGAAUUUUUCUGCGUUGAAAAAGAUUCGAGGUUUAACUGCGCCGAUGAAGAAUGGACAAAACCCAAUGAUUGUCGUAACAUCAGCAAAAACUCGGCGCGUUGCACCCAUUUCGCCUUUAUCUGACGAUAGCACGAAUUCUGGCAAACCGUCUCCACGCAAGAUGAAGUUGAAGACAACUGGUAAUGUUGCCGAUUUUGGUUCAUCGCCGUCUGUGCCGGACAUUUCGACAAUGUUGAAGAAGAAGCGCGGAAAGAAGUCGAAUGAAGAGAAGAGAGAAUUUGCUGAAACUGCUUCAUCCACUGCUGUUGCUCGUAGUUCGUUCGAAACACCUCCCAUCAGAAGAAAUGGCGAAUUCGCUCAUCGGCUUGCCAAAGUAUAUACCGAAGACAGUGGGAAAUUGCUUCUGAAGUUCCGACGGCUUACCGAUGAAAUGCGUUCGUCGGUGACACCGAAUCCGUUGCUCACGCCAACCAACCAAUCACGGAUUCUGUUGAAAAUCAAUCGAUCGGCGGAUGGUGGGUGCUCGUUGAAGAUUAUCACGAAGGAUUCGUCGAGAAAAGAAACAGCAUCCAUGUCAACACCGCGAAAGGCGAGAAAAGUUCAUUGCGAAAGAUCGUCGACAUCAUUCAAUCCGGGUAAAUCAGUGACGAAUAAACAAGAAGAGGAACGUGAAAAGAAGCGAGAGAAUGGCUCAACGAAGACGUAUACAAAAUGGAACGACAAAUCCAAAUCAGCGUCGACUGAUAAGAAAAAGAAGAGCAUUGAGAAUGAAAAGAAGAAGAGCAACUCGUCAAACUCGAUUAAAAUGAACUCUGAGCCAAGAUCUGGAACAACGCCGAAAUCGAAUUCUGGCAACACACCAAAGGCAGUCAAUACUUCGAAAACAUCGAUGACGUUUACGAAUCGCUUCAACCCAUUCACGCACAAUUCGACCAAUCAAUCGUCUUCUGCCACAUCGCUUACAACACCUGUCUCGACGCCGAAACCCUCAUCGUCAGCCACAGUGCCUGAUGUGAAAUCGAACGAUACGAUGAAGCCGUCGUUAUUCCCAGUGAAUAGCGUUUCAAGCUCGGUGUCACGAGUGCCGGGUCAAAAGCGUAAGAUCUCUGCAUUGCUCCCCUGGAUGACUGAAGAUUCUCCGGAAAAGAAGAACAAGAAGGUUGUGACGCCGAAGCCGGCGACUCCGAAAGUCGAAACACCUCUCCCGGCUCCUCCUGUCGUCACGAAGCCGAUGCUUGUUCCAAAAGUCGAAGAAUUGGAUUCACCUAGGGCAUCGUCAUCGAUGUCUUUCACUUCUUUCUUCGGAGAGAAUGGUGCCGUUGUAAACGGUGUUUUCUCGCCGAAUAAUCAACCAGAGCAACCGUUGCCGGCUGUUGAUUUCUCUGACGAUGAGGCUGACAGUGAAAUGCAACACGCUGAAUUAGAUCUGGCAACGAGUCGUCUUCUUGCAAUGUCCACGUCACAACCAACAACAUCGUCGUUGUGGGACGAAGCUUCUUGA